AUGAAAAUCCACGCCAACAACGUCACAAUCAAUAUUAAGAUGAAGACUGACGCCAUUAAUUUCACGAUCUAUUCGCAGAAGCGGAAAGGCCGCGCUAACACCCGCCUGGAUGCUGCCGCCGCCGCCGCCGCUGCUGCUACUACUGCCGCCGCCGCCGCUGCCGAGCUUGCUACUGCUAAGGCCGAGGCCGCUGCCGAGGCCGCUGACGGUGGUGAUGGUGAGGGCGAGGGCGAGGGCGGUGAGGGGGGUGAGGGGGGUGAGGCGGGAGAAGACAUGAUCUUCUCUAGUGAGCCAGACCUUUCGUAG